AGGCCCUUAUAUCUGGAGAAGGACCCGUCCAAGCAUCACAGGUUUGUGUGGAAUCAUUUCCAUAUGGCUCCCUUCCUCCAGAAGGAGAACUGGCAGCACUGGUGCCUGCCCAUCAUCCAUGGUUUUUUUGCGCAAACACGAUGCUCUUCCUUUGGCUGGUCAUUUUCGGUGGCUUUGAUAGCGAGGCGUUCCCGCUUCUAUGCUGGCACUCGGUACCGCAAACGCGGUCUCAAUGUGGAUGGGCAGGUGGCGAACGAUGUAGAGACAGAGCAACUUCUUUGUGAUGAAUCGACUCGGCAUUUGGCGUGUGGCCAUGUGAUGAGCUUUGUGCAGAUACGCGGCAGCGUUCCGUUGUUUUGGUCACAAGAAGCUGCCGCCUACAAUCCAAAGCCUCCAGUCGUGUACCCCCUGUGUGAUCCAACACUAUCGGCAACACGGCGACACUUCGUGGAUUUGUUGGAGAGGUAUGGCACGCCUCAAUUGGUCGUCAACCUCAUGAAAGCCAAGAAGGUGUCCCAUGCGCAGACAGAAACCACCAGAAACCCAAAUAGCUCUGUGAUGUCUCUGUGA